CUCUCACUCCCCAUACUUGACACACGUCGCUCAGGUGAAAAGUUUGACCAGAAGGCAUGGAGAAGCAAAAGUGUGAUAGCUAGUCCAGAAACAGGGAAUGCGGUUGAUCAUGUGGGCGUUUUCCAUUGAAUACCUACUCCUCUACCGGUCUCUCAGUUUGCUGUGCCUGAGCAGACAUCCAGUUGACAAUCCUGAGUACAGCUCCUUGUCGGCCGUUGGCUUGUAUCCAUUGAUCGCCUUUCUGGCCACUCCCAGGUCAAGCGAUAUUCCCGAAAAAUAUCUGGGACCAAGAAGACGAAGGAAGAUUGGCGGUAUCUCUGAUGUCCGCUUGCUCUGCAUUUCCUGAUAGAGCCAUCUAGCGUAUCAUGGAAUCCUGAGUCUUAGCCACUUGUCUGACUCGCCGAAGAGUCAAUAGCCUCUUCCCCAACGUUGAUCCUGCCAUGUGCUCGGGGACAUUUGAUCGGCAACUUUUGGAAGGAGCUUUCCGUGGCUCGUACCCAGAUUGUUUCGUUUUCUCUUCCCACCAUUUGCCCCAUAAAUGGAAUCCUAUUCUUCACAACUUUGUUUCAAAAAAUAUAUUCAACGUUGAAUGUUUGGGGAGAAGAGGCGCAGUCUUCGAACCUGAAACGCGAUUAUUAUUAGGUUCGCCGGAUUUGGUGAGGAAAGAAGCCAUUAACCCA